GCUUGAGAGGACAGAAGAGGGAGAGGCUGCCAUUACAAGGCGGCAACUCUUCCCCGCUUUUCUUCUCCUCCAUCCGUCUCCGCAAUCCCGCCUUUCGUCGCUGAGUUCUAUAGAGAUUUUGAGCUUGCUCGGGUUCAGAUUCUGGUUUUUCAUACUUCGUGUACAAUAUCUUGCUUUACAACCUAUUCAUAUUCAUGGCCUCUGCUGAAGGAAAAAACCAAUCAGCGCCGAAACAAGAAGAAAAGCCAAAGAUAGAGCCAUUGAGACUCCCUACCAUGGAGGAAAUCCGAGGUCAGGACAUCUGGAACAACUGCGCCGUCCGCAGCGUAGUCAGUGGAGUUAUGGGUAGUGGGCUUGGUCUAUUCAUGGGACUGUUUCUCGGUGCUUUGGACAAUCCAAUAAUGCAAGAAGAAAUGACCGGAAGGCAGCAAUUUAUAUACACUGCAAAGCAGAUGGGCAGGAGAAGCAUUAAUUCUGCCAAGGCAUUUGCUGUCAUGGGCUUGGUGUUUUCAGCGGCUGAAUGUAUUGUUGAGAAGGCACGGGCAAAACACGAUACCACAAAUAUAGUCGUUGCUGGUUGUGUUACAGGAGGGACUAUAUCAGCUAGAGGCGGUCCCAAAGCAGCAUGUGCUGGAUGUGCAGGAUUUGCUGCGUUCUCUGUCCUGAUUGAGAAGUUCUUUGAUCGGCAUGAUUGAAACAUAGUUAGUUAAACUUCUAAUAUAGGGCCUUUUUUUCUACUUGAUAACUUUAUUAUUCCUUGCAAGAAUUCCAAUUCUUUUAAUUUAUUUUGUUCAAGUCUCUCAAAUCAAAGCAAUUUUGAAUUUAGGCGUUUCUAUCGCCUUCAAUUUUUGUAAUUUUCAUAAGCCUUGUGAUGAUCUGUUGUGAAUCCAAAAUCAAUGACAUGAGAAAUUUCAUGUCUUAUUUAUGCAC